AGCUGUCAACCGUCUCAGCGGUAGGACGAUCUGCGAGCGAAAUAUUAAAGUUAUAGCGUAAGGAUAACUAUUGUGGAGGGAGAAGUCGGAGCUUGAGCCGAGUAGGUAAAUACCCAUAUGAGACGCCGACUUGCCCGCUAUCCGCUCUCCAUUCUCUCCCCAUCUUCAGCUUCCCAUCUUCAAUUCCUCCCUCCACCUACCCAGCUUCUUUCGACCAUGCAGCUUUCCACUGCUCUCCUGUCAGCCAUGGCGCUCUUUGCGCAGGCAGCCUCUGCUUUCUACCUAUCGUCACCCUCCAACCAUGCCGAUCCGAAGGCAUACGCCGGACUGAGGGACUGGACUGGUAACUCAGUUGGGUUUUACAAGGACGCCCACAAGACCGCAAACAUCAGUCUUGAUUCCAAAGGGGAUAUUGCCCAAAGCGGGUUCAAGUUCCAACACGGCGACUUCCAACACGAGAAGUUAAGGUUCGAACGCGGAAACAAAUCGCGCACGUAUUUGUUGGUGUCAACGGAGGGCAACCCUCCCCGCCCAAACGACCUGACGGGCCCGUUUGCUAUCGAGGAUGGCAAGUUCGUGUAUAAAGGGGGAGGAGAUUGGAGCUGGAACUUGGCUGGUCUUUUAUUUUCUGACCCCCUGAAUGACCAGCCGAGCAUUUACCUUCAAUUCGGCCUCCACCCGGUAGAGGAAGCUCGUUUAAGGCUAUUCGGACCGAGAAGGAAAUUCAGACUGGGCAGAGGCCGUCAAAAUAUCACGCUCAUCGCUCACAAGUGAUGCUUGGGGGACAGCCCGAGGUGAAAAUGUGUAUAGAAGACUGUCGGAGUCCUUCACCCGCCGUCUUGGAGUUGGCUGGGUCGGGUUUGGCGGCGAAGAAACGGACGAGCUGGCCUUCCUUAGUCUUCCGGGUUUUGGGGCCUCCGCUUGGUAGAAUAAAAGGCCGAGACACAGAAAGAGUUGAGUCAGUUCUUUUGGUUGCGUCAGUAGUAGUGUACACAUGGUCUCAGUUCAGCUGUCAACUACUAGCGGAGCUGUCAACUGUCUCAGUGGUGUGACGAUCCGUAAGCUAAAUAUUAAACGAAGGUACUAGGCAUGUAAC